GAGGGAGGAACAAAUGUAAGCAGCUCUACUUCAGAUUAAGUUUUCAUAGUUUUCCAAGUUACGUACAAUUCAAAUGGCAAGUGUUUCUGUGCAGCAUCCACCACACACUGCCUCUGCAUGAAGGAAGGUGCACACCCGUUCCUGCUGAAGUCCUUGGAUGAAUGAAUUCUUAGAACAGAUGCAGAAAAAGCUGGUUUCCUGAGGGAAGAAUCUCGGAUUUCCAGAAAAAUGGAUGAUGAUGAUGAUGACGUUCCCCAGCUUUCAGCCCAUACGCUGGCUGCCCUCCAGGAGUUCUAUUUGGAACAGCAGCAGAGGGAGGGCACGAAGACUUCCCAAGGGUUUAAUCAAUAUUCUGUUGGCUCGAUAGAAGAAAACUGGCAACUGAGCCAGUUUUGGUACAGCGAUGAAACUGCAUCGUGCCUGGCUAAUGAAGCAAUUGUGGCAGCUGGGAAAGGUGGCAGGAUAGCCUGUGUUAGUGCACCAAGUGUGUAUCAGAAACUGAAGGAACGGGAUGACAAAGAUUUUUCGGUGGUUAUUCUGGAGUACGACAGAAGGUUUUCUGUAUAUGGAGAAGAAUUUAUCUUCUAUGAUUACAACAACCCUUUGAACUUACCGGAAAACCUCCUGCCACACAGCUUUGACAUCGUAAUAGCAGAUCCACCCUAUCUGUCUGAGGAGUGUCUUCAAAAGACUGCAGAGACCAUCAGAUACUUAACGAAAGGAAAGAUUCUGCUUUGCACAGGUGCAGUCAUGGAGGAACAGGCAGCAAAGCUUCUUGGUGUGAAGAUAUGCAAGUUUAUUCCAAAACACUCUCGAAAUUUAGCUAAUGAAUUUCGAUGUUACACGAACUAUGCUUCUGGACUGGACUGAUCCUCACAGGAAGAUCUGUAACUUUUUCACUCAAGUUCCUUUGUAUGUUUUUCUCAGUGACUCCACGUUUCUCCAUGCUGAAACGUUCAGCUCCAAGGGAUACUUUCUGGGCUAAAUUUAAUCAAUGUGGGGUGAUAGCCUCUCUCGGUGUAAGCAUUUGCAAAUAUCGUGUGUUUUUAUCUUACCUGGUAGGUAAAUGGGGACCAAACAAUGUCGGUGCUGGGCAAUGGGAACUUCUGUGUUAGAGUUUCAUUCCAACCAGCAGUUUUUACCAUUCAGGGACUUUUCAGUGACAUCUCUGAAGUGAUUUUAGCUGGUUGACUUGUAACACCAUGCAAGUGCUUUCCUCACGGACAUCAGAAUCGUCAUCUGCAUCAUAACUGAUGGCUUAGUAGCUAGUGGAUGAUUGAAAGAACAUGGUCAUUGGUCUCCUUUCACCUUGAGACAUGUUUGUUCUCAACAUGUCAUUUAUUUUCAUAUUCAUUGUCCCGCAGACUGAUAUUUUUAUAAAGGAUAACUAAAGAGAAAGCAGGUCUCCUUCUGGGGAGGCCUCUCCAGUUGCUUUUAAUAAUCAGAACUACUUAAGAGCUGCCAAGUAAGAUAAGACCUACUAUCUGUUAUUGUUGCCAGACUGGCUUUUUAUAAAAAUUUGGUGGUUGUUUCACCUUUUCUAAAGUUUUGCCACAAACCCAAGCUUUCUUUUUGUAAAAGGUAAGAUCUAUUUUGUCAUCAAUUAUCACUGGAUAAACUUGUGUGUGUAUGUGUGCUGUACUUGAAAAAAAGUAGUGUUUAACAUCUGUUUGCAGAAGUGCAAUGCAUUUAUUUUGUGAUACAGAAUAAACAUAAGCAACAAAAACUGAAUUUUUUAAAAACAACCAAAAAAAAAAAGAAGUAGGUCUUUUAAUUUCCUAGCUAAGCUAAUCUCCAAAGGUUGGUAUAAACUUGAUGUCUCCUUGAAAAAAGCACAAUACAGAUUUCCCCAUGAGAGAGAGCUUUACUUUCACUAGGGAUCCUAUAUAUUAGUCAGGUCAAAUCACCCUAAAAUAUGAGGUAAGUAAUAAAAUGCCAGAAAUUAACCCAUGCUUGCAUUAGUGCUUCAAACUGUGUUCAUGGGUUCUCACUUUGUUACCUUUGCUGCUGGCUAUGAGAUCCUGCUUCUGUAGUAAUGUGACCUGUGCAUGUCCAUUAACUCUUGAAUCAUAAUGGAUUCAAUUCAAAAAUGGAAUUGAAUUCAAAAUUCAAAAAUUCAAUUCAAAAUUCAAUGCAGUGCCUACAUUUUAAUUGAUUUCACUGCCAAGUUAAUGACGAUGUAUGGGUAUGUCAUGUUUGUAGUUUCAAGAACAGACCUUUUUUUCCCAAAUACCCAUUUUUAUCUUUGCCUCCCUUUCCACAGAGAAAAACGUGGUAGUAGAAUAGAAACAUAUUAGAACUUUUUGGAUCUUACAGGGCCACUGAGAAAUACCAUAAUGUAUUGAUAAACUCCUAUUGUUUCUAACAGGCAAAUUUAAAUUUUAUAUACAAGGGUUUGGCUGUAUUUCAAGCAAUUUCAGUUACAAUAGAUGAUGCAUUAGAAAAACUUUCCUUUGUGAUAGUAGGGAUUUUUUGAUAACUGGAAUUUUUUAAGCUAAUUUUCUCUAACUUCUUGGCUACACUGCUGAUGCAUUUUUGGGUGAAAGCUGGUUCUUAAAUUGCAAGGCACUCAACAGUUUUUAUCAGCUAUAAAUACACAGAACAUA